GGUUGUGUGCGUUCAUCGGGAUGAUGCUGGUGGGGAUCAGCGUCAUAUGUGUGCCUUUUGCUAAGGAUAUUUAUGGGUUAAUCGCACCUAAUUUUGGAGUCGGAUUCGCCAUUGGGAUGGUGGAUUCAUCGAUGAUGCCCAUCAUGGGUUACCUGGUGGACCUGCGUCACGUCUCCGUCUAUGGCAGCGUUUACGCCAUUGCAGACGUGGCCUUCUGUAUGGGGUUUGCAUUAGGUCCGUCAGCUGGAGGCGCUAUCGCUAAAUCCAUUGGGUUUCCCUGGCUGAUGACGAUUAUCGGAAUAGUCGAUAUCAUCUUUGCUCCACUUUGUUUGUUCCUCAGAAGUCCUCCCGCCAAGGAGGAGAAGAUGGCCAUUCUCAUGGAGCACAACUGCCCGGUGAGGAAACGCAUGUACACGCAGAACAGCACGCAGCCAUAUUACGCCGCAGAUGAAGAGUCAGAGAGCGAUGAAUGAGCGGGGACUCUGCUUCGCAGCUAGUUGUUCGUACAUUUCAUUGUUGUAUCAUUGGUCUAACAGUGACAUAGUAACAAGCCAAAGGUCUAUUGUCCUGUCCUAGCAGAGUGGCGUUUCAUGGCACGGAGAGCGGCGCCUCCAUGGGGUGAGACUAUAAACAGCAAGUGCCAUUUAAUGAGCAUAUGUGGCACCCUGCAGACCAGGGUCCUACUGGUACAAUCACUGGUGUCGUAUAUGUGCAGGCAGUCUGACUGUGUCUUUAUUAUUGUGUUGGGCUGAACAGUCAGAAAUAUAAUGACCGCCAAGUCUCCAAUUAUCGCCGCGCUCCCCAGCUCGCACUCUCCGUGUAGACUCACACAUGAACGCCACCCGUUCUCUUGUAGCUAGGAUGUGUUGUACGAAAUCUACUCACAUUACCAACCGCCUUACUGGGUAACGGACACACAAGCUUUUCUAGACCCGUUUAUAUAAAUAUUGUUGAGAAACUUUAUUUUAUGUAUUUCAUUUUAUUACAUAUUAUGCAAUAUAUUUUUAACUACUGUAACUGUAAUGUAAAUGUGUAUAAAAUGAUUAAAACCCAAGAAUGUCCUGCGUCUGACUGUGUGACAAUCACUGGUGACCCGCGUCUGACUGUAUAUUAUCAUUGGUGACCCGCCUCCGACUGUGUGUGAUAAUUACUGGUGACCCGCCUCUGACUGUGUAGCAAUCACUGGUGACCCGCGUCUGACUGUAUGACAAAUGACAAUCACUGGUGACUGCGUCUGACUGUGUGACAAUCACUGGUGACCCGCCUCUGACUGUGUGUAACAAUCACUGGUGACCCGCCUCUGACUGUAUAUUAUCAUUGGUGACCCGCGUCUGACUGUAUGACAAUCACUGGUGACCCGCCUCUGACUGUGUGUGUGACCAUCACUGGUGACCCGCCUCUGACUGUGUGUAACAAUCACUGGUGACCCGCCUCUGACUGUAUAUUAUCAUUGGUGACCCGCCUCCGACUGUGUGUGAUAAUUACUGGUGACCCGCCUCUGACUGUGUAGCAAUCACUGGUGACCCGCGUCUGACUGUAUGACAAAUGACAAUCACUGGUGACUGCGUCUGACUGUGUGACAAUCACUGGUGACCCGCCUCUGACUGUGUGUAACAAUCACUGGUGACCCGCCUCUGACUGUGUGUAACAAUCACUGGUGACCCGCCUCUGACUGUAUAUUAUCAUUGGUGACCCGCGUCUGACUGUAUGACAAUCACUGGUGACCCGCCUCUGACUGUGUGUGUGACCAUCACUGGUGACCCGCCUCUGACUGUGUGUAACAAUCACUGGUGACCCGCCUCUGACUGUAUAUUAUCAUUGGUGACCCGCCUCCGACUGUGUGUGAUAAUUACUGGUGACCCGCCUCUGACUGUGUAGCAAUCACUGGUGACCCGCGUCUGACUGUAUGACAAAUGACAAUCACUGGUGACUGCGUCUGACUGUGUGACAAUCACUGGUGACCCGCCUCUGACUGUGUGUAACAAUCACUGGUGACCCGCCUCUGACUGUGUGUAACAAUCACUGGUGACCCGCCUCUGACUGUAUAUUAUCAUUGGUGACCCGCAUCUGACUGUAUGACAAUCACUGGUGACCCACCUCUGACUGUGACAAUAACUGGUGACCCGCCUCUGACUGUGUGUGUGACCAUCACUGGUGACCCGCCUCUGACUGCGUGUGACAAUUACUGGUGAUCCGCGUUUGACGGUGUGACAAUAACUGGUGACCCUCCUCCAACUGUGUGACAAUCACUGGUGACCCUCGUCUGACUGUGUGACAAUGGCUGGUGACCAG